GUUACACAUAUUAACAUUCAACAGUUUAGUUCAAUCAGUCUUAUAAAAAUGCUCUCACCGAUUGGAGUGGCGGUUUGUGUUAUUUUCAUUUUUCUUUUAAUUUUUCUUUAUUUUCAUAGAAAUCGAGAAAUUUAUAAACUUGCAUCUCAAUUUCAUGGACCACUUUCGUUGCCCAUUAUAGGAUGCUUGUAUCUUUUUCUUGGAAAUUCCGAAAGUAUUUACAGAAGAAUUUUGAAAUUUUACGAAACGUUUCCUUCACCUUUCCGAGUUUGGUUAGGACCUCGAUUAGUAAUUACAGUUUUUACGCCUGAUGAAGCAAAAGCAAUUCUUCAGAGUCGAAAAACUAUUGAAAAGGAUGAGUCUUAUCGACUUUUUAAACCGUGGUUAGGAGAAGGAUUAUUUACAGCAAGAGCCGACAUAUGGCGUGUUCAUCGAAAAUUAAUUCAACCAACUUUUAAUCAGAGAAUCUUAAAUUCGUUUGUUGAAAUUUUUCAAAAAAAUUCAGUUAUAUUGAAUGAAGAAUUUGAAAAAAUAGUAAAUGGUGAAGAAUUUACAAUACUAAAUUACUUAUCAAAUACAUUACUUAGCAUCAUACUUGAGAGUUCAAUGGGUCUUAAAUUAGAUAAUAAAGGUAGCAGUAGGCGAAAAUUUAUGGAAGCAGUUGAACAAAUAAUCAAAACAGUUUCCACUAGAGGUUUUAAAAUUUGGUUGCAAUCUGACUUUAUUUUUAAACUGACAAGAUUAUCAAAAGAAUUUGCCGAAAAUAUAAAAUACGUACAUAGUAUUACAGAAAAUAUUAUCGAAACAAAACGAAAAACAAUCACCACAGUUAAGGAAGCGGAAACUUCAGACGAAUUUAUAAAAAUGAGGAAACCAUUUCUUGAUUUAUUAAUGACACUUUCUCAAGAAGGGAAAACAUUCACGAAUAUAGAACUUCGAGAUGAAGUCACCACUUUGCUUGUUGCAGGUUACGAUACAACUGCAUUGAGUCUUUCUUUUGUUAUAUUGAUGUUAGCUUCUCAUCCACAAAUACAGGACAAAGCUUAUCAAGAAAUUUAUGACAUUUAUGGUACAACAGACCCAGAUGAAGUUCCAGUUACAUGUAAAGAUUUACCAAAACUAGUUUACUUAGAUAGAGUAAUUAAAGAAACUAUGCGACUCUUUCCUGUGUCUGCUAUUAUUGUACGCACAUCUGAAGAAAAUUUUGAAUUAGGAAAAUAUAUUAUUCCAAAAGGAUCUGCCAUUGUUAUUGGAAUAUCAAGAAUUCAUAGAGAUGAAAAAUUUUGGCCAGAACCAUUAAAAUUCGAUCCCGAUAGAUUUUUGCCAGAGCAGAUAGCAAAACGUCAUCAAUAUUCAUAUCUUCCAUUUAGUGGUGGACUACGAAAUUGUAUUGGAGAGAUGUACGCAAUGAUGAUGAUGAAAACAAUAAUCAGUGUAAUUCUUCGAAAAUAUAUUUUGAAAAAAGAUAACAUACAGCGUAUGGAAGAUAUUCGAUUAAAAUUCGAUAUUUUCCUUCAGCCAGUGGAACCAAUUAAAAUCAGACUUGAAAAUAGAAUUGUAAAGUAAUUUAAUAUUUAAUUUUACUGAUAUUAAGGAGUGUCGAUCGCUACAGUUCGAUCAAGGAGUUAGUGAUAUUAGAGAAUA